GAUGGAAAAUUAAUCCGAGUUAAUUACGAGUUGAUUGUUGAUUGUUCACAAUUUAAACAGUUUGUUAAAUUUUAUUCCAAUUGUUAAGUUAAUUCGGUGAGGAAAAUUAACUUGAUCCGAUGGACGAAUCUUGUUCAACUGAAUUGUUGAACUUAUCUCGUUGUGAUUACUUUCUAACUUGAUCAGUUUCUACCCCAAAGGAGGAUCUUGAAAGUGCCUUUAAAUACUAAGAUUAUCCAACCGAUAAACUCACUUUUAUUUCUACCUAAAAUUAACUUGAAAAUUGAAGUAAAUUGUUUAGAAUUGGAUGGCGAUAGAAAAUCAACCAACCACCCACCCACCCACCUAUUCAUCCACCUUUAGGUCGUUGUUGUUGAGCGAUUUUCUUUUUCAUCUCUCUCUCUCUCUCUCAUUGAAAUUCAUGCUAUCAAACAAUGUGAUUGUUGUUGGCUAACCAACAAUUCUGUUGUUCAUCUCAAUUCACCCAAAUAAUUAUUAAUUAUCACUCGAUUGGUCAAUUGUGUCCUCAAUUUUUUUCGGAAUCAACAGGAACAAUUUUCAUUUUAAUUGGCCUUUUCGAUCACACAAUUAACAACUCACCAGAUUCACUUGAAUCCAUCAAUAGAAUUUUUUUUCUUCAAAUCUUAUAACACAAAUAGCAGGUUAACAUUUGCUUCAUUGGAAGUUUUUUUUAGAGAUUCUCAUGAUACUAAUUAAUCAUCUGAUUGUUAUAAUGCCAAAAAUGGAACCAUGGAGAUCAUGGUUAAUCAUGGAUAAUCAAUUGUUCACCAAUAAUUAACUUCAACUAUCAAGUCGGAAAAGGAAAAUCCUUAAAACAAUCCCAAUCAACAAGACAACAUUGAAAAGGUUUCAAGUGAUUAACUUUUCUAUUACAAUUGAAAAUCAAUUACCAAUAAUAGUUAAUCGUUGAUCAAUCCUUGAUAUUAUUUAGAAACUGUCAAAGUAUAAAUCAAAUUGCAAUUUUGUGACGGAAUCAACCAUAUGAUUAACCCUUGAUUGGUUUAUUGCAGUAAAAAAAAAACACCAAAAAAAGCAACAAUUAAGAAAACAAAAGGUUUCAGUUAAUGAACCAGAAUUUUGAAUGGAUAAAAAGAGCUGAUUAUCAACAUUUAAAUCAUCAUAUAAUUAGUUUAUCAUCAUAACCAUUACAACAACAACAACAACAAUUGAUCACAUCAAUUGCGAACAGAUAAACUUAUGGGCUUUGGUGAUAUUGCUGAGUUUAUAAAGAAAGUUAAUCACACUAACGAAACAACUGAUUGGCCAGAAAAUGUUGAUGGAAAUAUUGAUAAUAUUGAUGUUGGACUGGACCAAAUUGAAGAGGAAACCAUUUUGUUUACUAUUCCACCAACAAGUGUUAUCGCAAUUAUCUUGAUUUCUAUUAUCAUUUUACUAUUCAUCUUAAAUUCAACCACAAAGUGCCAUAAAUCAGUUUACAAAUUUCUCAAAAACUACAACAAACAGUUUAAUCAACUGUUAAUCUUUCACAAUGAUAAAAGGUUCAAUAGAGAUAAAUCAUUAUCAUCGCCAAUUAAAUCAUAUGAAGAAACUUCAUCAAGUCUCUCAUCUUCUGGUAGUGGUCAUGGUGAUGUUUUAUUUAGACAGAGAACAAUUUCCGAUCAGAUUGAUUUCAUUGGAAGAAUUGAAGUUGGCUCUUUUGGACGAGUUUGGGUGUGUAAUUAUCGAGGACAAGCGAUCGCCUGUCGUGUUUACAAUACAAUUGAACGUAAUUUAUGGUCACACGAGGCCGAUAUUCAAAUUCACUUGAAAAAUCCUGAAGUUGUUGGAAUGAUUCAUAAAGAUAUAAGAGAUGAUCCAAUUACUUGUGCGACUAAAUUUCUAAUUUUUACCGAUUAUUUUCCCAAUGGAAGUUUACAUUCAUUUUUAAAACGUCAACCAGUUGACGAGAUUACGAUGAUCAAUUUAAUCUAUUCAAUUGCCCGUGGACUUCAUCAUCUUCAUUCAAUCAUCUUGGGUAAUCCAGAUAAACCGGCGGUAAUUCAUUUCAAUAUUAAAAGUCGUAACAUUAUGGUUGCUAAUUGUGGAUCUCGAUGUUUAAUUAGUGACUUUUCAAGCGCUUGUUUAUAUAACAGGGAAAAUCGAAUCAGUGAAUCACCCAAACUUUUCAAUUCUUCCAGUGAUUCUUUACGCUAUCGAGCACCGGAACUUUUAAACAACAAUCAAGUGCCAAAUGAUUUACAAUUAGCCAGAGCUUGUGAUGUUUACUCUUUGUCUCUGGUAAUUUGGGAAAUUGCUUCAAGAUGUUUACUACUUAGAAUCGAUGGAUCAACUUAUUGGAACAAUUAUAAACUUCCUUAUGAAGAUGAGCUAAAUAAUCAACCACCAAAUGAGCAAACAAUGUAUCAACUUGUCCACCUUAAUCAAGUACGACCAAAAAUAGACAACAAUUGGUUCAACUCACCAAUUUUAACCAAAAUAAUUAAGAUACUUAAUGAAUCUUGGACCAGUUCACCGUCUUCCAGGUUAACAGCACUACGAAUAAUGAAAGAUUUAGAUAAUUUACGAGAAAGUUUACUAUCAAUUGAUGAUGAUAAAAAGAAUAGAUUAAUUUCAAUUGAAUUAUCUUAAAUCAUCUUCACUUUAAUCUCAUUCUAAUCUCAACAAUUAAAAACAAACUUUCUCUCUCUCUCUCUCUCUCUCUCGUUUUCUAUUUCUACCCCCACCAAUAUUUACUUUAUUAUCUUUAUUUUUUUUUCCUUCACUUAAAUUAUAUCCAUUGAGAUUUAUAAUCUUAAUUAAAAUCAAAUUUUUUUCUCCUCUUUUAA